UCACGCAGCCAUGGCGGUCUGUUGCAGCAGUAAGAUGUUCACCACACGGAGUGUGAUCGGCUCAUCUGGCCUGGGUUCCUCUAGUGGAUUGGUUAUGAAUGGAUUGGGGAGUUCAGGCGCCUCUUUGUCUUUCAGUGGAAAAAGUUAUGGCAGCACUGGGGGCUUUGGUGCCCACAUCUCCAGAUCUUUGUCCACUUCAUCCUUGACGAUGGAUGGUUAUGAGGACACACUGAAUGGCAACAAGAAGCAGACGAUGCAGAACCUCAAUGAUCGCCUGGCAUCUUACCUGGAGCAGGUGCGCUCUUUGGAGCAGGCCAACAAGAAACUUGAGCUGCAAAUUAAGGAGUUUUAUGACAAGGUGCCGAUGCAGAGCAAAGACAUGAGUGCUUAUUUCAAAACCAUUUUGGAGCUCCGCACACAGAUUAACAGCCGUUAUAUGGAGAACGAUGAGCUCCGUCUGAAGCUGGACAACGCCAAGCUCACAGCCGAUGAUUUUCAACUGAAGUGUGAGACUGAAAUGAACCUGCGUGUGUUUGUGGAAGCGGAUUCGGUUCGGCUGCACGGGGUUCUGGGAGAGAUCAAACUUGCCACUGGAGAUCUAGAGAACCAGCUUACUGAACUGAAAGAGGAGCUGAUGGACCUCAAGAAGAGCCAUGAAGAGGAUCUGCAAUCGUUGCGAGAGCAGCAAAGCGGCUCUGUUAACGUGGAGAUUGACUGUGUAUCUAAGUCAGACCUUGACAUGGAGCUGCAGGAGAUGAGAGCUCAAUAUGAGAAGCUUAUUGAGAAAAACCGCAGAGAGGCUGAAAGAUGGUUCCAGAGCAAGGGGGAAGUGUUGCAAACUCAAGUGACCAGCAGCUAUACUGAAGUCAAGACAUCUCAGACUGAGCUCACUGAUCUGAAGAGAAGUUCCCAGAGCCUGGAGAUAGAGCUGCAGGGGCUUCUCACAAUGAAACAAAACCUGGAGCAGAGUCUGGCUGAUGUAAGCCUGCGCUAUGCGGACCAGCUGAGUCAGCUGCAGUUGCGUAUAGACCACCUGCAGGAGGAGCUACAGAAACUCAGUGCCAACAUCCAACAACAGGCUUCAGAGUACCAGAUACUGCUGGACAUCAAGAUGAGGCUGGAGAUGGAGAUCGCUGAGUACAGGAGGCUGCUGGAUGGAGAAGAUCACACGAUCUUCAUCUGCACAUCGGAACCUUACACGACUGAAACUGAGACAGAAACGGUGACCGAAACGGUGGAGAACGUGGAAGAGGAAGAGCAAAAGUCUCAUCGCCAGGUCAGAAAGAAGAUCAUUGAGGAGCAGCUUGUGGAUGGUAAAGUCGUAUCUUCUUCUGUUGAGGAACAAAUCGAAGAAAUUGACUGAGGAGAUAAUGGAACAGCAAAAACAAUUUUACAUGUAAUCUACAUUAUUCAGACAAAUGCUAACGCUAGGGUGAUCAUACGUCCUCUUUUACCCUGGCUGGGAUUUCUAAAUGGCCUGUAUUUUCCUGUUGUUUUCAUACAUGCUGACGGUAACGCUUGAAAAGUAGUUUGGCAAAUAGUAUGCAGGCAUUGUACAUAAUCAAUCAAUCGUGGCAGGCGAGAAGGUGGGAUCUACAGAGAAUGAUCAAAGCAAUGCAAAUUCACACAUAAUACAUGAGAACUGUUGAGAGCACAUCAACAGAAAAACAAAGACAAAACCUGGACAUUUUAGGCAGUUUAGAAAUCCCAGCCAUGACAUGUACUGGGAAAAAGAGUACUUGUUGACAUCCUAAUGAAAAGAUUAAAUACAACAAAUCAGGAUCAGUCAUUAUUCUGUGGGAAUAUUGGGAUUGUUGGAUUGUGGGAAUAUUGGGAUUGUUGGGACUGUUGGAUUUUUUUUUCUUGCACUAAGAAUAAAAUGUGUUCAUGAUUCAUUGUAAA